AUGGAUGGAGUACACCGAUCAGCCAACUCUGAUGACCCUUCCCUUCUGACAAAGAAUCCGCUGGCUCUUCUGGACAUGAACAACUGGCUGUGGCGGAUUGAAGAGUUCAGCAAACAGGUCCCACCUGAAGCUCCCUGGAAGGCACCAAGGGCUAAAGAAUGGGACAGUAUGACAGUCAAGGAGUUCAUGGACAAGGAGUGCUGGACAAGCAUAUCAAAGAAGCUGUUGGGUGUUAUUGUGACCACUAUAUACUGCUGUGAGCCGGAAGAGAUAUCAUUUCUGUUUUUCCUGGCUGGUAUGGCAUCUUCAGGUGGAUUCAGAAAUGCGACAAAUGUAGCACAGGAGACCAAAUUUGUGGGUGGCUCUAUGCAAGUGAGUGAGAAGAUUGCAGCGUUGCUUGGCAACAGAGUUGUUCUGUCCAGCCCUGUCAUGAGGAUAGAACAGGAGGAGGCAGUUACCAUGGUGACCACACACAGUGGACAGCUGUACAGAGCAAACUAUGUUAUAAGUGCCAUACCACCUACACUUCUCCACCAGAUUCUAUUUGAACCCCCACUCCCAGACUUGAAAAUACAGAUGAUACAGAGGAUGCCCAUGGGAUCAGUCAUCAAAACAAUGACAUACUACGAAACAGCAUUCUGGAAGGAGAGAGGUUUCAGUGGUACAGCAAUGUCCGACACAGGGCCUGUUGUUGCCUGCAUGGACGACACUAAACCCAACGGCUCCUUCCCUGCGCUAGUGGGGUUCAUUACAUCCACACAGGCCCAGAAAUUCUGUGACAUGUCUGUAGAGGAAAGGAAGCAGACAGUGUGUGAACACUAUGCUGAAGUUUUCCAGUGUCCAGAGUUCCUUCAUCCUGUUCACUAUGUGGAACAUAACUGGAUGGCAGACACCUUUUCUGGGGGAGGACCUGGGGCCAACUUAGGACCAGGUGUGCUGACAAGCUUUGGCAGUGAGCUAGGCAAGCCCUUUGGCUGUGUGUACUUUGCGGGUACAGAGACUGCUUUGAAGUGUGGAGGGUACAUGGAUGGGGCUGUGGAGGCUGGAGAGAGAGCUGCAAGGGAGAUUUUGCAUGCCAUGGGGAAGAUAUCCGAAGACGAGAUCUGGCAGGAGGAACCCCCCAGUGUUGACGUCCCCUCCACCCCCGUGGCUGCCAUUUCGUGGGAGAAAUACCUCCCAUCCAUUCCGCAGCUGCUGUUUUUCCUGCUUGCCUUUGUUGUGCUGGUGGUUGCUGUAACAUUACUGUGUGUUUUCCUGGUGUAAUACAUUACAUACUACUCCGGGAUACCAGGAUGUAUGCUUAGUAACCGGUAUCCCAAAUGGUAGCAACCUCACACUUAAUCAUGUAACAUUACUGUGGUGAACUACCCUGUACUAUCUGCAAGAUUGCUGUGUAUUACAAUAGGUGUUGUUACAUUGGGUACAGAUAGCUACAUUAGUGCACAUAUGUAUACUUAGGAUUAGCCACUUAUGUUGUUUUCGUAAUCAUAGUACAGUUGUGAGCUUCCCUGUAUUAUCUGCAUGUAUCUGCAUGAUUGCUGUUUAUCACAAUGCCCUGCACCCAUCUUUUGGAAGGGAUGUAAAAUGGGAGUCCUGAGUUUAAUUAGGUGUCUUGAGCAUAUUCGAGGGUUCAGGGGCCAGCAAGCUCUCCUUUAGAUUAAAACCCAGCUACUGAAACAGCGAGCAAACUUCCUACCCUAUGUGUACUACAACUGUCUGAAGAAAGGUUGGAAAUUUAAAGAAUAAUGUAUUUUCUAGAGAUUUGAGGUCACCAUUGCAAUCUGUUGCCUAACAAACUUUAAUGUUUGAGAAUAGAUGAUAACUAUGCAAAUUUUGUGGAACUCAGGUAUGUGCUUUGAAACUUAAAGAAAACAUUGAGAUCCCAAAGGUCUUAGCUGACCCUAAACAAAAAGUGCACUUUAAAAAAUUCACUUGUAAAACUAUGAUGUCAUUUUUGUAUACAUGCAAUGUAUAUUGUUCUAUGCAUCAUCAUCAAAUGUGAUGCUAGAAGAUGUCAUGUUACUAUUUUGAAAUGCCAGAUUUUUUAAAUCUUGAAAUGCUAUCAUUUUUUAUAUACUUAUGAAUAGCACAAUUCAGUAUGACAGCCACAUACAUGUAUAAUUUUCGUUUCUGGUGUGAAACAGGUAUAACAAGUCAUUGCGUAGAUAAAAGUAUGGUCCGUAGUUGUUGCAUGACUAUCCAUGCAAGUCUGGUCUUUUUCUAUUAUCUCCUUAAGGUGAUGACACGAUUAAUUUGGUUUCAAUAUACUCCGUUAGACAGUAGAUGAUGAUGAUGAUGAUGAUAUGGUCAUUUCUGAGCUUUAAUCUGUGGUGUAUUUGAUUUGUUGAGUUCGUAGUUUAAGGGAAAGCUGUGAAUAGUAUUUUCUGUAUGAAUUAUUUCUGAUAAAGAUGGUAUAUAUGUGUUUGCAUGCAAAUAUUCAGGGUCAUCCUGUUAAAAUGUGUUUUGCAUGGAAAUGUGCAAUAAACUUUGUAUCUACU